UGAUCCAAAUCCUAUAUCGGAUGAUAUAAUCUUUAAAGUUCGAUAGGUUAUAUGACCGCCGAACAAGGGUCUCAGUCACGGUUCAAUGGGUUCAACCGGCAGAUCGGUUUACAGUUUUUAUAAAUAAAUGUUAACCUAUUGAUUGAUAUUUGUGUUGUAACAAGAUCUUGGCGUCGUGGUUUGUACGUGCUGAUUAUAAUAACUAAUACACAAUGCGACGCCGGUUCGAACCACACGAUUUAGGGUUCUUUUUAAUAAAUCCAACCUUUACAAACUCCAACACGCCUCCUUGUUUCUCGAUCCUCUCAAAAAUCUCCACCACCAAUGAAGCGACGCCGUAACUCCAAACUCAAAUUCGAAGAACCCUCCGACCAAUCACCGACAACCACGGCGGAUUUCACCUUCACUCUCACCAGAAUCGCCGUCGGUCAAAUCUGCCAAUCUAUUGGAUACAAAGCCACCGAUUCAUCAGCUCUCAACACUCUAACCUUAACCACAACCAAAUUCUUACAAUCCCUCGCCGGACUGGCGUCGUCGUUCUCAAACGCCGCUAAUCGUACGGAAUCGAACCUCUUCGACAUCGUCAACGGUCUCCAAGACAUCGCUUUAUCUACCUCCGAUUGUUUCCCCGGCGGCUCUACCGUUCACGAUGUUGAAUCACACUGCUUGAUCAAAUCCGCGGUUGUCCGUAACCUCUCCGAUUUCGUCAAGUAUGCUCCUGAGAUCCCUUUCGCUAAACCGUUACCGAAGCCAGAAAGAGACAUCGGAUCAUCAUCAGGAAGAGAUUUGGAUCACGCGGCGGUGGCGGUGACUCGAUCGGUGGAGUAUGUUCCGGCUUGGCUUCCGCCUUUUCCUGAAGCUAGUCUCUACUCCGAUCGGUGUACAAAGGAUGGAUCUGAUCACUUGUGGGAAAACUCUGAUUCCGUUAUUGACCGUGAAAAUUUGCCGGGGAGUUUGAAAUCUGAGAGUUGUAGAGGUAGAAAAAGCGGAAGAUUACCUCAGAGGAGAGCGAGAGUGAGAUUCAAAAUGGAACGAGAUUGUAGUGGUGGUGAUACCAGGUGGCGCCGGGAUAAUAAUGACGGUGAAUCUGGCCGUGAUAUUGAGGUGAAGAAGAAAAUUAUAGAAGAAUAUUUUCACAGUGCCGGCGAGUGGCCGAUUUAAGUAUAUAGACUAGUGUGACUGGUUUGAAAAAAGAAAAAGAAAAACCGUGAGGUUUAAGAUGGAUUCGAACCGGAGACGCUUGAGGACCCGUGCAUUUUUGCUAAUUGGUAUUAUACCGCACGAGCUGCAUCUCUGAAAGUUUCAAUUCACCCAGUGGUUAUAAUUUUAUAGACUAUUGAUAUUUUGGUUACUUUAUUUCUUACUAUGAGAUUAUUAUUUUUUUUGAAUAUUCAGACGUAUAAAAAAUUAAAAAUAGUGGAAUUAUACAUUUUAUUUCAAUAGUUUUUUUUCGUUUUGCCAAAAUGAAAAGACUAUAAUAAAGGGAAA